CGAAAAGCCUCACCUUACCUGAGCUUAAGCUUAAAUACCACUCUUUGUAAUAAACGACGGUAAAUCGGAUGGAAGUACCCAAGCCACCCCCAAUUCUCCUCCUCGUCGUCGUCCUCCUCCGCCUCCUCACCACGCGCGACGCCCGCCGCCAACCAGUUUUGGUCGCAGGUGGCUGAGGAAGCAGUCUUCGGGUGGCCUUUGCGUGGUUUGCUUCAUCAAUCUCUCCAUCCUAAGGUGAGUGAAAGACUAGUCCCACCUGAUUAUUUGUGGCUUUUGAUGAUCAAUCUGGGUAGUUGGGAAAUGUAGCUGCUGGAAUUGUAGUUACUGAGAUGGACAUGAGCAGUUUACUUCUGUGCGGAUUUGCGUGUACUUCAAUUUGCUCUGAAAUGCUUGAAGAACUAUAUGAUUUAGCUUAUUUUAGAUCUGUACCUAUUAUUAGAUGCUACACUUUACAUGGAAGGAAGACUAUCUCGUGCUAUUUUUGUGCUUGGGAUUUAUAGUUGGCUGUGGUGGAGUACUUGAAUUUUUGAAUUAUUUGUGUUCUUAUCAUAUACAAAAUAUAUGACUAAAGUCAAAGAAAUGUACAGAUUUAAGACCCAAUUUCCUAACGAUAACUGCAUGUCACAACUAAACCUGUACAUAUUUGUCAAUAUGCUCACACACGCCAAUUCAAGGGCCCAAUCCCACACGUCACGUCGUAAUAAAUGAAUUCCAUGCAGUGAUCCCACCAAAAUCUUUACCCAUAGUCCCCAAACUAAAUAACGUGUUGCCUUACGUUAUUAUCCAUAUCCCGCAAACAAAAUGACACUUUCCUAUAUUCUGUCUUCUUCCAACGCUUACCAGUUACCCCUAUACUUGGAAGAAAGGCAUCCCUAACCGUACCAAAGCUCUAACCUCUACUUCAUCACUAAACUCCAAAACUCAAGAUUCAGAGCAAGCUAAGCCUCAAGUUCACUCCAUAUUGGCCCAUUUUUAUGCAAGAGGCCUAUGCAGCUAUCAUGCACAGCCAAGGAUGGUAUUGAUGAAUUACGUUCAUGGGGUGCCAGCAAAAGGAAACGAAUAAAUGGAAGGGCGCAUUUAAUAAACACAUAGCAAAACCAGAUUUACCAAACUAGAUCAAAGUCAAAUGAAUAAAAACAAAUUAGGGAUUCCGUACCAAUAACAGACAUCAGUUUUCGGUAUCUCUUCACACUGAUCUCGCUUAGGAGAGGAGGAGAGUAGUUUGAGAAGGCAGAUUGUUAUGGUAUAAGGCAGGCAUGCACUGCUGUGAACAUUGAUGAUUCAGGCAGCAGUGUUGAAUUUGAGGGAGGGGAUAUGAUGGAAGAGAUAUAAGAACAUGUUGGGGAUCACCAGAUGAGGUUGAUUGAAUUCUUGCUUAUUUCCUCCUCUGCAUUGGAACUGGAUCAAUUUACAAGGGAAUUUUGUUUAUCCUUGAUUUCUUACCAUGUAUAGGAAAUGAUUUCUCUUUAUGAGGCCCCUAACAAUGGAAAAUUAAAGGAUUGUCUAAAUGCUCCCAACAGAUAUGCUUGGAUGCAACUACACAACAUAGUCCUUUAGCAAUCAUCUACGCUGCUGGCCCUGCCAUUUAUGCACCACCUCAUGGGCCAUAGCAUGACAUUCUGCUACUGACUUUUUGUAUAGUCACUGCAUAUGAAGUUUUCCUUAGUGCAUAAAUUUCUAUAUAUUAAUCACCACUUAAGAACUGUGGAUCAUGUAAGCUUUAUUCAACUACCUCCGUCCCAAAUAUAACAACUUCCGGCUAUGAAUCUAGACAAGCACAUGUCCAGAUUCAUAGCUAAAAAUGCUUAAAUUUGGGGAUGGAGGGUAAUACUUAAGCAUGGUACCUGGAUUUUGGAUUAGUGGGCUCUUACGGUCUACCAUGAUGAUGUACUGAUUACUAUGUCUCUGUUUAUCCAUUAAAGUUUGGUUACUUCAUUUCAUUUUUUUUGUUUCAAAUACUUGUAUGUGCUGAUAAGGCUUUACUUCAAUUUAUUAUGUCAUUUUUUAGCAACAACCAGAUUUUCAUCUUUUGUCUGUAUUAGUUCAGUUUAAGUGGUGACUGUUAAUUACAGAGCGAGUUGCUUCUCUUGGUUAUGUGUAUUUGAACGAAAAAUUUAGCUAGUAUAAUCUUUUUCUGAGGGAGCAGUUUUGGGUUGAAAUUGGUCAUUGAGAAAACAUUGCAACUGUUUGAAACUUUGAAUUCAAUUUUACUUUCUCCUUUCUGAUGACACCAAAUGCUGUAGAGCUCUUCCGUACUGAAGGUGUUGCUAGUGAUUCAUAUCUCUGACCCAUUUGGUUCGACCAAACUUCCAAACUGUCUUUUGCAUGGAGUGAAGACAGGCAUUAUGUAAAUUUGAUGUGAUGUUUAUUAGAGAGUAUAUGAUUCUUAUAAGAAAUUAAUGUUUGCUCUUAAUUUUAUUUUCAACUUCCCAAGUGUACACAUAUUAUUCUGAUUCUUUACUCACUUGAGUUUUUUUUUUUCAAACCAGGAUAGGCAACAGAGUGCUUUGCUAAUUGCUAUGGACCGGCAAGUCAGGGGUGACCAUGAAGGGAUCAACGUUGUUGGGUUUGAAGUGCCAACAUCACCAGAUUCAAGCUACAACAACCCUGUUCCUGGAAAUGAAGAUGAAGCUCGAGAGCCCCCAUUGGUUCCUCCUCAUCUGCAGCAUACAUUAUUGAGCUUCCCACCAAGCCAAGAUGAUUCAAGCAGCCUUCCUCCACCUCAAAACGUGGUACUCAACCACCUCUACAUAGAGAAAGAGAACUCUAGAUCCGUCGUCGCCCUGGGGAUUACCCAUCGGUUCAGGGCAAAGUUUGUGACUGUUGUGCUGUACAAGCCCGUACAAAGGCGGUAGGGUGAAACAUUUUGUGUACCUGCAUUCCUGCUUCCAUUUCCUCGUGCAGGGACUAGACACCCACGAGGUUGAACUGCCAAACAAAUAGAAACCCUCCUUGUUGUAGUCCUGAGGAAACAGAGGAACAAUCUAGCUGCCCAUGAAUCUCAAAUGAUUCAACCCUUGUACUUAAUUGGCUGUUGGUUGCGGUGAUUGGUGGUGGUCCAGUUGAAUGUUGGUUUAAUCUUUUCCUGCGUCUUGAACAGUUAAA